AUGCGAUCGCUGUCGGCGAAGAAAGAGAAACAGGCCAAAUGCGUUCCCUCGGACGAAGUCAUGGGUGACACAUUCAAGUGCACAAACUGCGUUCACGGCAAGUUUGCCUGCACGUUUGACAUUGGCUACAAAAAGGCGGGACGUCGCCCUCGAUACUCUGAAGGUGGACCUGGACCGAUGCGGACCUCUGCGACACAGGUUGCGCAGUCCAGUUCUAUUCCACGGCCAGUGAUGCCCACCGCCAGCCGCUCAGCCGGUCCGUCAAGCCCGCCAUUCCUGUACCAGAAUGCCGGGACGUCGGGUCCAGCAGAUCCUGGUGGACAGUCGGCAGAUCUUAUUUCACAAGAGAGCAUCCUCAAUGCGCUUGCCGACUCUGGCCCACGACGCGCUUCGCUCCAGUGGGAAACCGCUCCGCUAGAGCUGUCACCAGUAGAAUUCUCCCUCCAGCCAACACCAACGACUGUCGACCAGACACUUCCUGCCGGGUCUCUUGCGCAAGACAAUGCCGCAGGUGGUCUCCUUCCCGCGGGUGACAUUACAAACAGCCAGCUGGCAACAUCAUCCACACACAUUGUCUUUCCAGACGCCCCCAUCAACCGCCACUCUCAAGUCGAAGACAUUGCUCCUUGGCCGGUGAUUACAUUCUUUCUGACGCUGUACCUGCAGUACAUGCACUCGCUCUUUCCCAUCGUCCACAAACCCAGCUUCCAUCAAAUCGUUACCAUGCGGACAGACCGUUCUGAUCGCAAUGCCCGCGCCUUGAUUUGCGCCCUGGUUGCAUACACAAUUGGGCAGGCCCCGCUCAACCGCAUGGAGGGUGAAUACUCUCGCGAAGAGCUGGCCCGUUUACAGCGUCGCUGUCACCGAGGCAGCCUUGUGCUUCUCGACAGGGCGUACGACACGGUCACCUUGCAGCAUGUCGGCGUGGUGAUGGCCAACUUCUUCUGCUCCCAGUCCCUGGGACAAGACCACAGGGCCCAAGUCUACCUGAGCGAGGCGUGCCACCUCAUCCACAUUAUUCGCCUGGAGCAUGCACAGCAACAGCCGGAAGAAAUCGACUUUAUCGAACGCGAAAUGUUCCGCCGAAUGUGGUGGCACGUCUAUGCCCUGGACAUUACCGAAGCGGCAGCCGGCAGCGUGAUCCACAUGAACGACUAUGAGGGCAUGGUGCCGACCCCGCUCGUGGUGGACGACGAGUACAUUACAUCCCAAGGCGCAUUCGAGCAACCGCCUUCGUCCAUUUCGUACAUGGCGGGCUUUAACGGUUGUGUCCAAAUCUUCCCGAUGCUCGCACGGUGUCUGAUUCGAGACAGGCGGCUGCGACUGCACCUCGCUGCCGGCAACAGCCUUCCCGAGGGCGACGACCUGCAUGCCGACUUGGCCUUUGUGGAGCUUGUACAGCGGCAGCUGGACGAACACGUGGAGCAGCUGCCAACAGAGCUGCAACCUCAGUCCCAGCAAGACGACAACGGCGCUCGAAACGAGGUCCGCCAGUCGGUGCUUGGUAUGCAGAGAGCCAACAUCCUCGUCACGGAGACGUGUGUCCGUCUGGCACUGCUCGACUUUGUCACCGACCUGGUCGUACCUCGAGUCUCCGCAGAGAGGUCCGAACUCGCACGCAAGGCGUACGCGACACUUUCAAGUAUCCCCAUCGAAGACCUGGCGGCCAACGGCCACAGCAUUCGUGGCAAGAUUUUCCGCAUCGUGGCCGCCCUGUUGCGGUCGUCAGACAUGGACGAUGCUUGGGCAAACACGGUGCACGAUUGGUGGUCACUGUUUUCACGAGUCAACUUUGUGCAGUUUGCACCCCAGACCAUGCUUCUCCAUUCGGCGGGAGCAAGUCCCGAGCGAGAAGGGUUCGGACAAAAGUAUUGA